AUGCACCGUCUGCAGUUUCUUGUUGCGCCUACCAGCACUUUAGUUAGAUCCCUAACGGGGUACAACACUGUGCUUGGUACUGGGACUUUGCCUCAGGGAUUCGUGAAAACACUUCAAGAGGAUUUGAACGAGGAGGAAAUAUACCGGAGACAGUCUGGAAUAGGUGAAACUCUUCGAAAUUGCAUUAGGCAUAGUGAUUUAGACCAUAUUGAAAGCCCAGAGUCUGAUGCGGCACAUUUGCAGAAGGUAGAAUCUAUGAUGGAAAAUCUUUUUAGCAAGAUCCCACUACCUCUAGACCCAAUGAAAACUGCGUUGGCACCUACUGAAGAAGAGUUAAGGGAAAGAGAAGAGCAUGAAGUGCUGAAAGAGGCAGUUCGUGAGCAGUACCUUCGUCAAAAAGCGUAUAAAGCGGCAGAAGAAACCAGGAUAUCUGAGGCAAUGAAACGCUACGAAGUUGAUAAUGGGGAUCAAAAAGUUUCUAGUUCUUUGAACAAAAAGGAGACAUGUAAUGAUUCGCUAGAACUUCGCCGAAAGAUAGACGAUAUGAAACGUCAAAUCGAAAAGCUUGAGAAACUCCUUGAGUCAAAAUCUCCCAGUUCAUGUUAA